AUGACUUCCAACAAAAGCAACCUCUUGAAUAAUUUCCUCUUCCAUUUUAUUCUUCUUCUUUUCCCAACACUACUCCAAGCUCUUAACACUGAUGGUGUUACUUUGCUCUCUUUCAAAUAUUCAAUCCUCAAUGAUCCUCUCUCUGUUCUACGCAACUGGAACUAUGACGAUGAAACACCAUGUUCCUGGACAGGUGUCAUCUGUACAGAGCUUGGGAAUCUAAACACACCAGACAUGUUUAGAGUUACAAGCUUGGUUCUUCCAAACAAACAGCUUCUGGGUUCUGUUUCUCCAAGCUUGUUUUCAAUCCCAAAUCUAAGAAUCUUGGAUCUCUCCAACAAUUUCUUCCAUGGGUCACUUCCGGAUUCAGUCUCCAACGCCACUCAGCUUCGUGUUCUGUCCCUUGGGAACAACAACGUUUCUGGUGUAUUGCCUGAUCGUAUCAGCAACGCGGCUAGUCUCCAGCUCUUGAAUCUCUCCACGAAUGCCUUAACCGGCAAAAUCCCUCAAAGUCUCUCACUUCUCAAGAAUCUGACAGUUCUAGAUAUCUCCUCAAAUCUUCUAGACGGAUUACUUCCUCUGGAUUUCGAAGGAACAAGUCUACAUUACCUCAACUUAUCACACAAUCAAAUCUCCGGCGAGAUAUCUCCAGCUUUCGCCGAGAAAGUUCCAGCAAACACCAUUGUCGAUCUCUCCUUCAAUAAUCUAACAGGGCCAAUCCCUAGUAUCCCACCAUUGCUUAACCAAAAGCCCGAGUCUUUUUCGGGUAAUCAAGGCUUGUGUGGGCAGCCAUUAAAGACUCCUUGUUCGAUCCCUUCUACUCUCUCAGACCAACCGAAUAUCCCUGAGACUACUACUUCGCCGGCAAUAGCAGUCAUGCCCAGAACUUCAGCUCCAACAACGCCUUCAUCAGAAUCACUCAAUCAAACAGCCAAAAGCAAACUAAAGCCAAGCACCAUAGUAGGAAUCGCAGUUGCAGAUAUAGCUGGUCUAGGUAUCAUAGCCAUGUUCAUACUCUACAUAUACCAGCUCAAGAACCGCAGAAGCUACCAAGAAUACAGCACUUUCAAAGUCUUGAAAGAGUGUCUAGAGAAAAACGAUACAUUAGCCGUAAAGAAAUCGCCGAAACAAAGCGUAUCCGCAUGGGAGAUCACUAAAUCUCCAGCUUCAAAAACGCGAUGGGGCUCUUGCAUAAGGUACGACGACACAACGACGGCAUCAUCCGAAUGCAAUAACUCCGAGAGCGACAUAGAGAGCCAGCUUCAGGACCAGAAGUUCACUGAGGCAUUCAAUCGAACAGAUGGUGGGCGAUUAAAACACAACUCUCAAACUCAAUUAGUGACCGUCGACGGAGAGACUCAGCUGGAGCUCGAUACUCUACUAAAGGCAUCAGCUUACGUACUUGGAACGAGUCGAAGCGGAAUCGUGUAUAAAGCGGUGUUAGAGAACGGCGCGGGUUUUGCAGUGCGGCGGAUCGGAGCGGAGAAUUGUACGGCGACGAAAUUGAAGGAAUUCGAAAGGGAGGUUCACGCCAUUGCUAAACUUCGACAUCCAAAUCUCGUUAGAGUUCGUGGCUUCGUUUGGGGGAACGAAGAGAAGCUUCUCAUCUCCGACUAUGUCCCAAAUGGAAGCCUACAUUUCUCCUCCAUCUCCGCAAAAGCAGGCUCGACUUCGACAAUUUUGCAAAACCCUCUCUCCUUUGAGGCACGGCUCAAGAUAGCAAGAGGGAUAGCUCGAGGAAUUGCUUACAUCCACGACAAGAAGCACGUGCACGGGAACAUCAAGCCCAAUAACAUUCUUUUGGAUUCCGAGUUCGAGCCCGUAAUUACAGAUAUGGGCCUUGACCACCUAAUGAGUUUGGUUCAUUCACAAGACCAUCAUCAUCCACCGGAAUGGUCCAUAAGUCAGAAACCAAAUUCCAAAUGGGAUGUUUAUUCCUUUGGUGUCAUACUCUUGGAGCUUCUUACAGGCAGAGUUUUCCAAGUUGAUCGAGAUUUGGUUCAUGAUCCGGAGACCGAUGAGAAAAGUUGGUUUUUGAGGUUGAUCGAUGGGACGAUUAGGGCAGAUGUUGCUCACCGCGAGGAUGAGGUGGUGGCAUGCUUUAGGUUAGGCUAUGGUUGUGUCUCUUCCUUGCCUCAAAAGUGUUUGUCCAUGAAGGAAGUGGUGCAAGUGCUAGAGAAAAUGUGUGUUUAG